AUGAAUUCAGUUUCCUUAGCAGGAAUAUUGCAGUACUUUCUCAUCUUUCUGCAAUUUGCGACUGCAGAUUUGAUAGUGACCAGACCCGAAGGGGGAGCUGAAUGGUCUAUACCUCCCAAUUCCCAUUCUUUGCAAAUUCAGGUUGCGUGGCAGGAUGUGGGACGACAGCCAGAUUUAGACACCGUGAGUCAAUAUGUCUUUACACUUUGCACCGGUACUAACGACAAAAUCCAAGCGGUUGCAACUCUGGAUACUGUAGCUGCCGGUGAUGUAGGCGGAUAUCAACACACAGUCUCUAUUGAUAGCAGUUUGGGCUCAAGUGGCAUGUAUUUUAUUCAGAUUGUAGCUGUUUCGUCUGAGUGGGUCACAAUACAUUACUCUGACAGGUUCACUAUCCGCGGGAUGCAAGGAAAUUUACCCGCGCUUGCGGUAAACAAUGCUCAGGGUCCACACCCGGAAACAAUGAAGAUCGGGCCAGAUGGGGCACCACCGCCCAUAAAUUCUGCGUCGUUUACCAUCCCAUAUACUUUACAAACUGGGUCUUAUCGUUUCGCCCCUAUGCAAACUCAACCAGGAACUAGCGUCAGUGCCACAGCUUGGUCCAGGCAGAAUCCAAGCAGCUCUUGCACAUUUUUCACAGCACUGACCAACAAGCCAGAGUGGCAUACUACCAUUACCGCAGGUUGGGAUUACACCAUCCAAACCCGUGUAAAUGACAUUCAUCCAAGACCAAUGCCGCAACACAACGGAGGAUGGUACAAGCCAGAUAAAAAGAUAACUUUGACGGCAAGAAAGGUUAAUAGGUUUAAUUACUAG